CGCGUCUUUCCUCUCCUUCAUCUCGCCCACUACCAGACUCAGUUUUCUUGUGCUAUUUUCCUCCUGCUUGAUUGUAAUCAUUGAGGAACAACAUACCAUGGCUUUCGUGUUCAAAAGAGGUCAGUUGUUCCUGAGUUUGGUUCGCAAAGAGGACGUUAAAUUUGACAAGAUCACAGCAAGGAUAAACAAGCUUUGUUAUGGCCUUGACCUUAACUAUGUCGAGCCGAUCGAGGUUGCCAAAAAAGUCAUCACAGGUGUAUACCAAGGCGUCACAACCGUUGAGCUCGAUAACCUUGCCGCCGAGACGGCAGCCUAUCUUACUACGAAGCACCCUGACUACGCUGUCCUCGCUGCGCGUAUCGCAAUAUCAAAUCUCCAUAAAGAAACCAAGAAGAACUUCUCCACUGUGGUGAAAGACCUCUACGAAUACAUUAAUCCUAAGAAUGGAAAAUCUGCUAGUUUGAUCGCUGAUGAUGUAUAUGAGGUUGUACGAAAGAAUGCUGCUCGUCUUGAUUCUGCAAUCAUCUAUGACCGUGACUUCAGUUACAACUACUUCGGCUUCAAGACUCUCGAGCGGUCAUACCUUCUGAGGAUCAAUGGUCGUGUUGCCGAACGUCCCCAACAUAUGAUCAUGCGUGUUGCUGUGGGCAUUCACAAAAACGAUAUUGAAAGCGUGAUCGAGACGUACAAUCUUAUGUCUGAACGAUUCUUCACACACGCGUCACCAACUCUGUUUAAUGCUGGCACUCCUCAUCCCCAACUUAGCUCAUGCUUCUUGGUGUGCAUGAAAGAUGACUCCAUAGAGGGUAUCUAUGAUACCCUCAAGACUUGUGCCAUGAUCAGCAAGACCGCAGGUGGAAUCGGCUUGAGUAUUCAUUGUAUUCGUGCUACUGGCUCGUACAUUGCUGGAACAAACGGCUACUCGAAUGGCAUUGUUCCUAUGCUUCGCGCAUAUGAUGCCACAGCACGCUAUGUCGAUCAAGGUGGCAACAAGCGGCCGGGAGCUUUCGCGAUUUACCUUGAACCAUGGCACCCUGACAUCUUCGAUUUCCUCGACCUGAGGAAGAACCAUGGUAAAGAGGAGUCGCGCGCCCGUGACUUGUUCUACGCACUGUGGAUUUGUGACCUGUUCAUGAAACGCGUCGAAUCCAAUGAAAAUUGGUCGCUAGUUCAUGGCGAGGAAUUUGAGGCUCUAUAUGAGAAGUACGAGAUAGAGGGACGCGCACAUAAGGUCAUUCCAGCUCAAAAGCUGUGGUAUGCUAUCCUUGAAGCUCAGAUUGAGACUGGUGGUCCUUUCAUGGUCUACAAAGAUUCCGCUAAUCGCAAAUCGAACCAAAAGAACUUGGGCACCAUCAAGUCGUCCAACUUGUGUACUGAAAUCAUAGAGUACUCGUCGCCGGAGGAAACCGCCGUCUGUAACCUUGCCUCUCUCGCUCUCCCUACUUUCAUCUCGAACGGCAAGUACGAUUUCCAAAAGCUUCAUGAUGUCGCGAAGGUCGUCACCCGCAAUCUUAACCGCAUCAUCGAUGUAAAUUACUACCCCGUUCCGGAGGCUCGCACUUCCAACAUGCGCCACCGUCCCAUUGGUCUUGGUGUCCAGGGUCUCGCAGAUGCUUUCAUGAUUCUCCGUCUACCAUUUGACUCACCGGAGGCAAGGCAACUCAAUCUUCAGAUCUUUGAGACCAUCUAUCACGCUGGACUCGAGGCCAGCUGUGAGGAAGCUGAAAGGGAUGGGCCAUACGAGACUUUCAGGGGUAGUCCCGCCGAUCUCGGUCAACUGCAGUAUGAUCUCUGGGGUGUCACUCCCUCUGACCUUUGGGAUUGGACCAGUCUCAAGGAAAAGAUCGCACAAACUGGAUUGCGGAAUUCAUUGUUGGUUGCACCCAUGCCAACUGCAUCAACUAGUCAAAUUCUCGGUUUCAAUGAAUGUUUUGAGCCCUACACCAGUAAUAUCUACACUCGUCGUGUUCUUGCUGGUGAAUUCCAGGUUGUAUGUCCCUGGUUGCUCAGGGACCUUGUCGAUCCCAUUUACAAAACCGUUUGGGAGAUCUCACAGAAGAAGGUUAUCGACCUCGCUGCCGACCGUGGAGCAUUCAUUUGUCAGAGUCAGAGUUUGAACAUUCACUUGCAGUCGCCUACUGUAGGCCAACUGACUAGUAUGCACUUCUAUGGCUGGAAGAAGGGCCUCAAGACUGGCAUGUACUAUUUGCGUACUCGUCCGGCGGCGCAAGCCGUUCAGUUCACUAUCGACCAGAGCGUGCUCAAAGCAGCCAAGGUGCAACAGGGCGAAUCCGGCAAGGCUGCCACUGGCAUUCCUACCCCUUCCGCCUCUCCAUCCCCUCUUCGCCGAGUUCCUCCACCAUCUAAUUCGAAUGACAACAGCCCCAGUGAAGCUCCUGAUGUUGACCCCGAGUAUGCCGCAGCCCUUGAGCGUCAAAGGGAGCGUGAGCUCGAAGAGGCAAAAAUGCUGUGCUCGCUGGAGAACAAAGAAGCCUGCCUCAUGUGCUCUGGUUAACGGAGGUGGUAUGCUGUUGGCGUGGUCGGUAUUUAUUUGCAUCGUCAGAAGUUAUUCAAUCAUGCAUUCCUUGUCCUUUGUUACCCACAUUUGUUCUCAUUUCUCGGCACGAUUGUAUACCAGCU